GUUGGUGAAAAAAAACAAGAUACAGACUUGAUUGGCUUUUUUAAUCUCUUUGAGUGGCAGGUUUGGACAUUUCUGGUCUUGUGUUUAGUGGUUAUUACAGCAGUAAGCUUCUUGAUUCACAAGUCUUCUGGUGAUAACAUCCAGCUGACGGGUAACCAACAAUCUGUUAUGGAAGAUGUGUGGAGAUUCUGUGGAAUUCUACUCAAUCAGGAAAGAUGACUUCAUGGGCAUGGCAUAUCUGAAGAGAAGGCUUCAAUCAAGUCCUGACACGUUUCUGCAAUACAAAAGGUUAUAUGAAGAUGAAAAAUUUAAAAAAAUGGAUACAGGCACAUAUGCUGUUUUUGGUUGGUCUUCAGAAUUGUUGUGGUUCAUGCAUAACCAUUUGAAAAGCAAGAACAGAUGUCAUUUCAGAACGCCUGACAAAAUGAUAGAAUACAUGUUUUAUGGUAUUCCUUUAAACAAGGACCUUACAGCCUGUAUCAAGAGUUCAAUAAAUAAAAGUGUUCAGCGACUAGUAGAGUUUGAUUUAUUCAAGAAAUGGUUAGAUGAUACAACAUUCUACCACAAGUUCUGUCAGUAUACACCAGACACCACCACGAGACCCUGGAAUUUGACAAACCUCAGAGGAGUUUUUUAUUCCAAUUCUUCUGAAAACUUUAUUCAUGCCAAACUUAAGAAGUUUUUUCGACGUAGAAGUAUGCUACAGAUUUAUAUAGAACAACAAUAUCUUCCUUUUGUGUUCUGUUCUAACCAAGACAAGGUGUGGCAUAAGUGUAUGAAACUCUACACAAAGUCAGACAUACGCGCUGUUCAACACAAAAAAGAAUCAGUCACUGAAAGAGCUAUGAAGUAA